AUUGAAAUAAAAAUAUUAUAUUAGGUUAAAUGUUUUCAGUAUAAAAUGUCUGAAAAUAAACAAUUUACAUUAAAAUCAGCAAAUGCCGAUUUUGCUUUACGACAGAAAAAUGUAUUCGAUCAACUUUUGGUCCUAGAACCUAAUCCUGAUCGUAGGCCAACUAGACAAGAUGACACUGAAAUGGAUGUUGAUGAGGAGGAUGUCCAUUCAAAAGUAUCAACUCCAAAAGAACAGAGAGCUAUUACAAGAAGGCUACGAGGCAAAGAGAGUAUAUUUAAGAAACCCCAAAACCCCGUGUCCAAAAAUUACAUGAAGAAAAUUCCCGACUUUAAGAAAAACCCCCAUAAAUGGACAAGAUAUUCUUUGGAAGAUGUAAAUGAUGAAGACAUGUCGGAUAGAAGUAACACAAAAACAGCUCUAUCAUUUUUAGAAGAGCUAAAGGAGAGAAAAAUCUCAGAGGUACCUUCAGAUGAUUCAGAAAAAGAUCAGCCCCAAAAAAUCGUUUUCAAAAAGCAAAGACGACAUGAAUCCAAUCCUUCAGAGACCAAAGAGGAUCCAGACAGUUUGAAAGCCACCUUUAGAAGUUCAAAAGUUGUUAUGCCUGAGUAUGUAGUGGGACAAAAGCUUAAAAAGAACAAAAAGAAGAAACAGGUAGAAAAGGGAAGGGAGUUAAAGCUAGAUCAUCUUCUUGAGGAUGAAUAGUUCAUAGUUACAGAAGAAAAAUAUUACUAAGGAAAUAAGUUUGUAUAAUUUAAAUCUUAAGACUCAAAUGGCACUGUCAUAUAAAGUAAAUGAUUGUGAUGCCUCUCGUUAUAAUUUUGUACAUAAUGUUAAUUUUUAAUAAUAGUAAUAAUAAGCCUGUAUCA